AUGAUCCCAAAGUUGAAUGUGAAUGGUUGCUAUUGGGACAACCCGGGAAGGGCAGGCGAGAGUGGUAUUCUAAGGGAUCCAUCGGGGCAUUUUAUUUUUGCUUUUGCUAACGUUGUUGAUGUAGCUAAAAGUUUGCAGGCAGACCUGAAGGCAGUGAUUGAGAGGGUGAGGCUUUGUGUACAACAAGGUUUUGCGGACGUGCACGUGGAGUUAGAUUCUUGGCUUGUGGUUCGAAUGUUCCAUGACGAGGUGGGGAUACCUUUGUGGCUAAUGCGUGACUUUGAGGAGCUUUUAGCUUUGCGCCAUCAUGUGUGUAUCAUGACGCAUUGUUUUCGAGAGGCAAACAAGUCUGCUGUUUGUCUUGCUAGGGUUGGCAUUACCUCGGGCAUCAACCGGGUAUUCGAGUCGUUGGAUCAACUUCCCCUAGAGGUUUGA